CUCCACUCUUCCUUCAUCACCAAGUCUUAUCCACCUCCCUCCUCUCCUUCACCUCUUCUCUGGCUUCUCUUCAUCCCAAAAAAAUAGAGAGGGAGAUCAAAACAAAGAACAAAGAGCAAAAGAAGAGCCUCAAAUCCUCCACUUCAAUGGCAGAGCCAAAUCCUACCCUCCAUCCAUCAGAACUGCCAACUCCAACGUUUGGAACGGCAAAGCCACAUGACCAGCAUGCCUCAGCUAAAUUCCUCUCCAAUUUCCUCUACAAAACCAUCUUCUUCGCCAUCUUCCUCACCCUCCUUCCUCUUUUUCCCUCCCAAGCGCCAGAGUCCAUGAACCAAUCCAUCUUCGCCGGAAGCUGGGAACUCCUCCACCUUCUCAUUGUUGGGAUAGCCAUAUCCUAUGGUCUGUUCAGCCACCGCAACACUGAACCUGAGCUUGAAAAGGAGGCUGCAUCGAAGGCCUACAGCCCCCAAUCUUACCUCUCCCAAAUCCUUCAUGUCUCUUCAGUCUUCGAUGACUGCGAGGUUGGUAGCCCACAUAGGCCCCUUGAUGAGAGCAAAAUCCAGACUUGGAGCUCACAGUACUACGGAAAUUAUCCUGUGGUUGUGGUCAAAAAAGAUGGCACCAAUGUCAGCAAAGCAACCAAUAAGCCUCUGCAUUUGCCCAUACGAAGCUUGAAAUCAUGCGCCCAAGACUCUGGGUUUCUUGAUUCUUGCGAUGAAUUCACCGAUGGGCACUCUGGUUCGGCUAAUGGAAUUGAAGAGCCUAGAGUUUUUGAUGCUCUGAAUUCUAAGAAUGAAACAAAGGGGAAUGCUAGUGCUGUCCUUCCAUCUCCUAUUCGAUGGAGAUCGAGAUCAGCAAGAAUGGAGGUGAAGGAUGAAUUGGCGUUGGGUACAGGUAGGUCCCCUCCACCACCUUCUUGCUCUCCACCUUCCAAGAUUCCAUCAUUCCGCUCUCCGAUGACUCACACCCCCUCCUCCACUCCACCGAAAAGGCUUUCUUCUUCUUGCACACUUUCCCCGGCAAUGAGGCCCAGCAGCAGUGAGGAUAUGGGAAGGAAGAAGAGCUUCUGCAAGUCUACUCCACCCCCGCCACCGCCACCCCCACCUCCAUUUCUUGGUCAUUACAGCUAUUCACCCAUCUCAGAAAAAAAUGCUGUCAUGAAAAGUUUUAAAGAUGAAUUGAAGGAUCUAAGCAGAAGGGGAAGGGAAGGCUUUCAGAGUGCCAAUGUUUCUGGCUUUGAUUCUUUGAUGUCGGCACCAAAACCGAGGAACCAUGCUGAAAGCUCUUCAGUUAGAAGGUCAGUUAGGACAGUUAGACUACAGGAAGUUCAUGGUGCAAUGGCAGAUCAAGGAACAAAGACUAGUGCGGAGCCAUCAUUUGGCUAUGAAGCACACCAGCUUUCGCCAGCCCCAAGAUAUCAAUCUGAAAUCAAGAAUGAAUUGACGGAGAAGGUGAUCAUUUCCUUGGAAGAUUCAGAUAGUGAUGAUGAUGCUGGUGAGUCCUCUGAUGAAGAAGUUUCGAACUCUGUGGCAGAAGCAGGACCAGAUGACAGUGAAGUUGACAAGAAGGCCGAUGAGUUCAUAGCCAAGUUCAGGGAACAAAUCAGGCUUCAGAGAAUUGAAGCAAUCAAGAAAUCCAGUGGGCAGCGAAACCUUAGAAACCCAAAGUAGUUUUAUACGUCUGCUCCUGGGACAUUGAUGAUGUUUACAUGUUAUUGUCUAUGAUGCUUUCUUUUCUCUUCUUUUCUUUUCCUGCAGCAGCAGUUCUCAAACACCUACCUAGCUGAAUGAAGAUUCAAAAUUGGUAGAUCUUGCCCUUCAUUCUCUUUUUGAGGCAAUUCUGCCUUUAUCAUUAAUGUCACGUACUUGAAUUAGAUUAA